AUGGCCACCCUGGCCUCCUCAACCCCCACAUCGCCUUCCUGGCCGAAACGAAGCCCACGCGCCUGGGCGCUCCGCUGUGAGCGGUACUGCUGUGCUGCGGCGAGCUGCUUCCCUCUGGUAUUUGUCUACGGUUUAACGACGUGGGCUGUCUACGUCGAAGCUAGUAUCGGACUGAAGGACUCGAGAAAUGACUGGAUAGGUAUCCCCAGCACGAUCCUGGGAGUCGUCCUUUACGGUCUUCUCAACGUUUCUUAUACCAUCGCCGUCUUCACGGACCCCGGUUCCCCAUUGUCCUCGGGCCGCGGCAAUCAGCGGCACAACUACAGCGCACUGCCAGUCACCGAAUCCGAAUUACCCGAGUUCACAUCGUACACGGUCAGCUCGACGGGCUCAUCGCGGUACUGCAAGAAAUGUCAGUUACCGAAGCCGGACCGCGCGCACCACUGCUCGACAUGCAAACGGUGCGUGCUGAAAAUGGACCACCACUGCCCCUGGCUCGCGACAUGUGUCGGACUACAUAACUACAAGGCGUUUCUGCUGUUCUUGAUCUAUACAUGUCUUUUUUGCUGGGUGGAUUUUGCGGUCGCAGCUACGUGGACGUGGACAGAGGUCCUCAACGACACACGAUAUAUGGACACAUACCUGCCCGUGAACGUGGUCCUUCUGGCCAUCCUGGACGGUAUCAUCGGACUGGUAUUGACAGGCUUUACGGCGUGGCAUAUCAGUCUCGCCGUGCGCGGCACGACGACCAUUGAAUGCCUGGAGAAGACGCGGUAUGUUUCGCCGCUACGUAAAGCCCUCGAUCGACGAUUCGAGCAACAACCGCUCAAUGGCCACUCCGGGGACCUGAAUCAGGAGAGUCUGAGCCACCGACUACACGAAUAUGGAAACCAAAUUAUAGAUGCACAUGCGAAUGCUAUCCCCGGUGUUACUCGCGUCGAGGAGGGCGAGGACCGCCUCUCUCCGGCACCUUACCCGCCCAGCCACGGACCAACACUCGGUGAUAAUCAGAACCUUACGCCCGCGCAGCAGGCACUCUCUCGAUCCUACGCCGAGAUGGAACGACAACGCGAACGCGAACGAUACCAAGAAUACCUCAACGAGGAAGACAGCGAGAAGAUGCCCAACGCAUUCGAUCUCGGCUGGCGGCGCAACCUCACCCACCUCUUCGGCGACCGCCCACUUCUCUGGGCUCUCCCUGUCUGUAAUACCACCGGCGAUGGCUGGCGCUGGGAGCCCAGCACAAAGUUUCUCGAAACUCGCGAUCGAAUGCGUCAGCGCCGCGAGCAAGAUGCGAACAACGAGCAACAGUACUACCGGGACCUGUACCAGCGCAACCAGGAUAACUCGCGCCACUGGAUCGGCGGUGCAGGCACCGUGAGCGCGCAACCCACCUGGACGCCGAAUAGACGGCAGGAUGCCCACACCCCCGAGCGCCCGCCGACCAGUGUAUCUAUGCAGACGUUGGCGCCCGCGUCACCACGGCCGCGUCCUGGGGACAGUGAUUUCGAAGACGAACCCGAGACCAGUGGCUUGCUGGAUCCCGAGAGUGGACGGCGCCAGAGACGCAAAGAGACGGAUGAAUGGCGUGAUUGGGAUUGA